UGCGUGGAAGGCGGCGCUCAUCAGCUCAAUCUGCCGGUAAUUCAUCCGUAGAAGAAGAAGACGUCAGUGACUGACUGCCUUAGCACGCUAUGCUAGCAGCUCUGGUUAGCUCACAUGGACGUUUAAACACAGAUUAAUCUCAGUUUAUAACCUUCACAGUUUGUGUCACAGCAGCGUGAUGGCGGGCAGCAGGCUGGAGAGGUUCGGGACCGUGUUUACCCGGGUUCGAGACCUGAUGCGCUCUGGAGUCAUAAAGCCGUCAGAGAAACCGGUCUGGUUCGAUGUUUACAGAGCGUUUCCUCCGAAGAGAGAGCCGCUGCACGUGAAGCCGCAGCUCAGAUCCUGGAGCAAGAAACAGGAAGCUGUGCCUGAGAUCUUCUACAGAGAGGACCAAGUCCGAGCCAAGUUCUACGAGCUGUACGUUCCCGGCCGACCGUUCGAUCUGUGCAGGUCCAGCUUUGUUUCGACGUGUCAGAGGUUUGUAGAGAAACACUCAGAGCUGCAGAGCCGCGGGGAGGUCCAGGACUCCACUCUGUUCGAGGAAACGGGGAAGGCCUUACUGGCAGACGGCAUCAUGCUCAGACGCAGAGGAGACCCGCCGGUGCCGUCAGAGUCCAGAGACCCGGUGCUCGGCCUGAGGCUGACCGAGAUGCUGGCUGAGCAGCAGACGGCUCCUGGCGGCGAGGAGACGACACAGCACAGCACACACACAGACACAGACACACUCACACACGCACACACACCGCAGACCUGAGCAGCUGGAGGGUCAUGUGGUCAGCAGGUAGGCUGUUGGUCUGUCUGUUGUUCUGUGGGACAUGAGCAUCGGGAUCUCUCUGAGCGUGCAGCCUCACCUGGGCGGACCUGUGAACUCCCACAAUGCACUACAGCUGAUGUUGAAUGGUCUCAGUAUCAUAGUUUUCUGUUGUUCUGACUUCAAUAAAGAUAUUUAUCUCUGUGAACUGA